AUUCGCAACCCGUCCCAUUCCCCUUACUACGCAGCAAGAUCAACUAGCUAGAUUUCUAAGAAAUUGACAAAGAAGUACAUAAUCGUUAUGGCAGCAGGAGCGCGAAAAUCGUGUGUUUUUAUGAUAUUUCUUUGCAAACCAGUAAUGUGUCAAAUUACUGGACCUACCAAUCUUACUUGCUAUGUUGGUGAGAGUGCACAGUUCAGAUGGAAUACCGUCAGAAAUUCAACUAUUCUGUCAGCAACAUGGGGGAUAAAAAAAGGCAACAUUGCUGAUCCUCAGUUUAUAAAUGUAGACAUAAUGAGCARCAAGGUAAACCUCAACUCAGGUUUGAAACCAGAUCUCAUUAAACGGCUGUCAUUUGACGGUGACCUCAAGACAGGUCGUGCAUGGUUUACUCUAAAGAACGUCACUGUCAAAGAUGCAAACGUGUACCUCGCAAGCAUCAGUGACGAUGUAACCAGAGUCUUGCCUUACACAGCUGCAUUGCACGUAAAUGUAAAAGAACGAGAGCACAGUGGUGGGCUAUUGCACUUUUUUAAUUAAGCAAUGAUCAAUGC